GGUGACUUAUUCAUGUUAGAUCGUCUUGAAGAUCGGAAUUUAGGUGAAACGCCUGAAUUUGAGCUUCAACUGAUCCCCUCAUGGCUUGUUUUCUCAGCGGAUACCAAUUACAUAGAUGAUCAGUUUGCUUGUUUUAAGAUUCGAAAUAAUAAUCCAGUUCCUAUAGUGUAUCGUUUACGCACAAAAGAACGCUGUUUUCCUCGUUUCUCAUCAUGUCACGGAUAUUUGGAAGCACAUGGAGAAGAAGAAAUCUGUGUUACAAUUCCGUCAGCUUUAGAUUGGCCUCGUGAUCCCGUAGAAUAUGCUGGCCGUCGACAUAAAGUAGUUGUCGAGAAUUUAGUUGUCUCUGGAAGAACUUUGAAGCCGAAAAGCAAAAGAGAAGCGUAUGGAGUAUCUAUAUUGAUAUUCAGAGCAACACCACCGUUUAUACGAAUGUAUACCAAAUUAAAUAUAAUCUUGCCGAAGGUAGCAAAAGAGAGGUUUUUUCUGGAACCAUUGCCCUAA